AUGGCCAAUAUCUCCUCCAUCCCAAUCGAGCUUACGCAGCGAAUCAUGAUAGAGACGCUUGCUGCCUCACUGGCACCCGGUGAUGCACCCCUCCCUCUUCCAGAAAAAUUCCCGCUGCUCUUCACCCAAAUUUCCACCGCAUGGCGAAACAUCAGCCUAAACACACCUCAACUCUGGGCCGCGAUUAAGAUGGAUAAGGACACCAAGCACGUGCCCGCACAAGUGAUAGUCCAGUGGGCCUCUCGCGCGGAAACUCUUCCGCUAACAAUCGUGCUCGAUGAAUGGCGCCAACAGCGCGGCGCUCAGCUCCUAUCUGCGAGUAUGCAGUUCUGCGGUAGAUGGCAGUAUAUUCAUCUGCGUCUCGACUUUGAUGCAUUUACGGCGCUGGUUGCACACAAUGGAUCCUUUCCUCUCCUGCAAAACCUCAUGCUGUCCAUGACAUCUAGGCUGGACUUGAGGGCAUUCCCCGACCUUUCCGUUGAAACUGCCUCUCCAAUCUGGCAGCAGUUGACGACGCUCCAGAUGGAAGUACACGAUGAGCUUGAAGGACUGGCGGCCUUGCAACGUUGCAUUAAUUUGCAGGAGCUGCAUUUAGCGCUCAUCGUUCAUCGACAGACUUUACCCUCGAUGGCUCCAAUUUUACUUCCUGCGCUGCGGUUUCUCGACAACAUGGGCAUGACCAUCUUGCCGUUCGUCACCGCUCCUAACCUUGUACACCUCGGCUUGUGGGGCCCAGGAUUCGGUCCAGCAAGCGAGAUGGAACAACUCCUUCAUGACCUAAGGGAAUUGGUGACACGUUCCUCGUGCACAAUAACCCGCCUCAUGUUCCGCUUCCCUCCCAGCGUUACCACGGUUCAGCUCCAAACACUUCUAGAAAUCAUGCCAUCAGUCGUCGACCUACACAUUGUUGUCCACUUUGCAAAGCUGCAAGAAAUCAGCACCGUCCUGCGAAAUAACGAUGUUUUGCCGCGGCUCAGGAUAUUGCGCCUCAUGUAUGGUCCCAGACAGGAAGCCUCGGAUUCAUCGUUCCAACCCCUGGUGGAUCUUUUGCAGCUGCGAAGACAGGAUGCGGAAGGGCGGGUUACUUUGGAGGAGUUCUACAUGAACAAAGACCCUCAAGGGCACCCAGAUGAGCCCUCUGUGGUCCCGGCCACCGUGCAAGCAGAGCUACUUGCGCUUGGAAACCAGGGUUUGCGUGUCGAGCUUGAUCUCGUGUGA